GCCAAGUAUAAAGUUGGCCACGAUGACCAUAGCUGCAGUACUACAUUCAUCUUUUCGCGUGUUGAGCUUCUGUCAGUAGUCUGUUUUAUCCCUUCUAUGAAACAUUUAACUAAAAAAAUUUUCGUUAGAAUGGAGAGUCCUUUACCUCAUAUUAUUGAAAGUGCGGAUUGUGAUAGUACGAUAAAACCGAAAGAUAGGUUAGUCAGUUUGUUGGAUCAAAUAGAAUUACAUGUAGAACAACUUCGAAGAGAUGCCUGGAGACUUGAAGAAGAAAAGGAUACUUUAUUAAGUACUUUAGAUACUAUUAGAAACAACGAACUAUUAGGUUUCUUGGAAGAACCAGACAAAGAUGACGUAUUACGAUAUGCAGAAAGAUUAUCUAUGCGGUGUUUAACCGUAGAUGUUUUAGUAAAAAUACAACGUGAUAAUGUGCAGCAGGAGGCAUUACAUCAAGUAAAUGGUUUAAUAGACGGUUUAAUUGUUAAUCUUCGUCAAGAUCCAAGUGGAACUCGACAAAAAUGUGCUGCAUUUAUGAAUGCUUGUUCUUCUCAAGCGAUAGGUCAUUCUGAUAAAAAUUUUGAAACUGCUAUCCUUGGAUGUACUUUAGAUGAUCAGAAAAGAGUGAAGAAAAGAUUACAAGGUUUAUUGGAUUACAUUGAUAAAAUGCACACCAUUGAAUUUCAGUAAAAGACCUAUGGCAUAAUGUACAUUGCGAAUAUAUUGAUUUAUGCAUUUUCAUAAUAUGUGUUUUUAGUAAUGUUCUGAUAUUGCAUAAUAUGAAUAUUAAAGAAGAUGCUUAAAUAAUCAUUUAUGAUACAUGUAGUAAAAGUAUAAUUUCUUUCUGCAUUUGCGAAGCAUCUAUGUUUGUAAUUGUUAGGAGGAUGUGAAUUUCUUAUAUUAUGUACCAUAAGAAACUGACUUUACACAGCCUAUGCUACAAUGAAUAGAAUUGAUGGUGUAUAUAUUGAUGUAUGUGUACUAACUUUAAAAUUAAUACCAACAAUUCCAUUCGGUGUACAAGAAUAUUAAUAACACAUGUGAUACGCAAAGAAUUUUAUAAAGAAAUAAUAGCACAGGCCGGAGCUUCCUUACCUGCAACGUAAAUUAUAAAAUUAUGAUUAUACAUCAUAAUUACACGUGUAAAAACUUACAUUAAAAAAACAAUAUAAAUAUGAUAAAAUAGACACACAAUAUAUUAUAUCAUGUACUAAAUUUUGGACAUCAAAAGAUGAUUAUGUAAGUUUUAUGUGCUUUUAAUAUCUAUUAAUAAUUAGAAUAAGAUCAGAAUUCACAGAAAUUUUUUGUUUAAUGUAGUCUACAAAAAAAUUAAUUUUAAUUAUUUAUUUGCACAUGAAAAAGUGUUAGUUACAGAAAAUUUCACCAAAUAUAUUGUCAUUUAAUUUAUUAUAUUUAUUUUUAAUAAAAUCUUUUUACUGAAUACUCGAGUACAAUGUCGCGUUUAUCAAAUAUGUUCGUGAGUGUAUCAUAUGGGCUAUAAUUGUGAGGUUAAAUAUUUCGUAUUGUUCUAAUAAGUUAUAUUUCGUCCUCUAUAUUUAUAAAUUAUUUUAAAAUUUGCAGUUUUAUUUUUUGUAUCAUAUUUUUUAAGACUUAAUUAUUUAAUUGCUGGCCACGUGGUUAAUUUUUUUCUGUUUCUUUUCGUUUUCUUAAAUAAAAUAAAAUGUUAUAAUAUUUUUUUAAAUAAUUUUGUAAUAAUAAAUAUGUAAAAUAUACAAACAAAUAUAUAUAUAUACAUAAGAAUAUAUUUGUCAGAAAAUAUCAAUUCUUUAUGAUUUUAGUUUUAAAUAUUAAAUAUGAAAAAGUUAACAGCUAUGAUUAUAAUUUUUCAUUGAUAAACAAGUUGGAAAUUGUUCUUGUUAGUUUCCAACAUUAUAUAGUACACGAUGCAUUAUUAUCACAUGUAUUAUAAUGAAAUAUAGAAUUUAUUUUACUUCCUGCC